AUGGCGCCGAUGCCAAUCAAGUUCCAGGAGCUGGUGCAGCUCACCAGCUCCGGCGUCGAAACUUCGUCCAUCACCUUCAAUAGCUGCACACUUGAAUCCGAUCACUACAUUUGCAUUCGAGAAAAGAAAAGCGAAGAUGCUUCCCCCGAGGUGGUCAUCGUCGAACUCAAGAAUGGCAACAACGUGAUGCGACGACCUAUCAAGGCUGACAGUGCCAUCAUGCACUGGGACCGACAAGUCAUCGCACUGAAGGCUCAGUCUCGCACACUGCAGAUCUUUGACCUGGACAAAAAGCAGAAGCUCAAGUCGAACACCAUGAACGAAGACGUCGUGUUCUGGAAAUGGAUCAGCGAGACCACUCUUGGUCUGAUCACGGGCUCAGCCGUGUAUCACUGGGACAUAUACGAACCUGGUCAGGACGCCCCAGUCAAGGUUUUUGAACGCAACCAGAAUCUCAAUGGAUGCCAAAUUAUCAACUACCGGGUCAACACUGACGGGAAGUGGAUGGUAGUUGUUGGCAUUUCCCAGCAACAAGGCCGCAUUGUUGGUGCCAUGCAACUUUACUCGAAGGAUCGCGGUAUUAGCCAGGCUAUCGAGGGCCACGCCGCGGCUUUCGGCACCCUGCGACUUGAAGGUGCACCCCAGGACACCAAGCUUUUCACAUUUGCUGCACGGACUGCCACCGGCGCCAAGCUCCACAUUGUCGAGGUCGAUCACCCCGAGUCGAAUCCUGUAUUCCAGAAGAAGGCGGUCGAUAUCUUCUUCCCUCAGGAAGCGAACAGCGAUUUCCCCGUCGCUUUGCAGGUGUCGCAAAAAUACGGUGUGAUCUUCAUGAUCACCAAGUAUGGUUUUAUUCACAUGUACGACUUGGAGACCGGCAGCUGCAUCUUCAUGAACCGCAUCUCCAGCGAGACUAUCUUCACUACAUGCGCUGACAAUGAAUCGACUGGUAUUGUGGCGAUCAACCGCAAGGGCCAAGUUUUGUUCGUCACUGUUGACGAGACAACUGCCAUUCCAUACUUGCUGCAGAACCCUGCGAAUACCGAGAUGGCCAUCAAGCUGGCGUCGCGCGCAGGUCUCCCGGGCGCCGACGAUCUGUACGCCAAGCAAUUCGACAACCUGUUCAACGCGGGCAAUUAUGCUGAGGCUGCCAAGAUUGCGGCGAACUCGCCUCGCGGCUUCCUGCGCACUGCCGAAACGAUCGAGAAGUUCAAGCGUCUUCCUGUCCAGCCUGGCCAGAUGGCAUAUACUUUGCAAUACUUCGGUAUGCUUCUGGACAAGGGUUCCCUCAACAAACAUGAGACGCUCGAGCUCGCCCAGCCCGUACUUUCGCAGAAUCGCAAACAUCUGUUGGAGAAAUGGCUCAAAGAGGACAAGCUGGACUGCUCCGAGCAGCUCGGUGAUUUGGCCCGCCCUUAUGACGUGAACAUGGCUUUGACAAUCUACCUCAAGGCUAACGUUCCCCACAAGGUUGUUGCUGGCUUCGCUGAGACGGGCCAGUUUGACAAGAUCCUACCCUACUCUGCCCAAACCGGCUACCAGCCCGACUAUGUCCAGCUUUUGCAGCACAUUAUCCGCGUCAACCCCGAGAAGGGAGCGGAAUUCGCAACGGCUCUCGCCAACAGCGAGCAGGGUCCCCUCGUCGACUUUGAGCGCGUUUGCGAUAUCUUCCAAUCUCAGGGCAUGAUCCAACAGGCGACUGCUUUCUUGCUCGAUGCACUCAAGGACAACAAGCCCGAACACGCUCGUCUCCAGACACGCCUGCUGGAGAUGAACUUGAUGCACGCUCCUCAAGUUGCUGAGGCUAUCCUUGGCAAUGAGAUGUUCACCCAUUUCGACAAGGCCCGCAUCGCUCACCUGUGCGAGCAAGCCGGUCUUGCGCAGAAGGCUUUGGAGCUUUAUGAGGACCCCGAAGCUAUCAAGCGUGUAGUGGUUAACAUUCCUGGCAAUGCCAACUUCAAUCCUGAGUGGCUCACCAACUUCUUCGGAAAGCUGUCCGUCGAGCAGUCUUUCGACUGCCUCGAUGCGAUGAUGAAGCACAACAUCCGCCAGAACCUCCAGUCGGUGGUGACCAUCGCCACCAAGUAUUCUGACCUUCUGGGCCCCACCCGCAUCAUUGACCUGUUCGAGAAGUACAAGACCAGCGAAGGACUGUUCUACUACCUUGGCAGUGUCGUCAACGUUUCAGAGGACCCGGAUGUGCACUUCAAGUACAUCGAGGCAGCCACCAAGAUGGGCCAGUUCAACGAAGUUGAACGUAUCUGCCGUGACAGCACCUCCUACAACCCCGAGAAGGUCAAGAAUUUCUUGAAGGAAGCCCGCCUCCCUGAACAGCUGCCUCUUAUCAUUGUCUGCGACCGUUUCAACUUUGUCCAUGACCUGAUCUUGUUCCUCUACCAGAACCAGCAGUUCCAGGCCAUCGAGUCCUAUGUCCAGCGCGUCAACCCUGGCAGGACCCCAGCCGUUGUUGGUGGCCUUCUCGACGUCGACUGCGAUGAGAACAUCAUCAAGCAGCUUUUGACCACGGUCAACGCCGCUUCGAUUAGCAUUGAUGACCUUGUUGCCGAGGUAGAGUCUCGCAACCGUUUGAAGCUUCUUCUACCAUUCCUCGAGGCAACUCUACAAGCCGGCAACCAGCAGCAGGCAGUCUACAACGCUCUCGCCAAGAUUUACAUUGACUCCAACAACAACCCCGAGAUGUUCUUGAAGGAGAAUGAUCAGUACGAUACCCUGACUGUGGGUAAAUACUGCGAGAAGCGGGACCCCAACCUCGCGUACAUUGCCUACUCGAAAGGCCAGAAUGACCUGGAACUCGUCAACAUUACCAACGAGAACUCCAUGUACCGCGCACAGGCUCGUUACUUGCUCGAGCGCUCUGAUGCUGAGCUCUGGCGUUUUGUUCUCAGCGAGAACAACAUUCAUCGCCGCUCUGUGGUUGACCAGGUCACUGUGACUGCCGUCCCUGAGUCGACUGACCCUGCCAAGGUCUCUGUUGCCGUAUCCGCCCUGCUUGAGAACGACAUGCCACUGGAGCUCAUCGAACUGCUGGAGAAGAUCGUCUUGGAGCCAUCUCCAUUCAGCGACAACCAGAACUUGCAGAACCUGCUCAUGUUCACGGCAGCCAAGGCUGACAAGGCCCGGGUCAUGGACUACAUCCACAAGCUGGAUGGAUACAAUGCUGACGACAUCGCUACCUCGUGUAUCGAAGUGGGGUUGCAUGAGGAGGCAUUUGAAAUUUACAAGAAGGCCGAUAACAAGGCCGCUGCUGUUGAUGUUUUGGUUGAGCACGUGGUCAGCAUUGACCGUGCUCAGGCUUUUGCUGAAGAGGUUGACUUGCCUGAAGUAUGGAGCAAGGUCGCCAAGGCUCAGCUCGACGGCCUCCGCGUUUCCGACGCCAUUGAAUCGUACAUCAAGGCGGAGGACCCUAAGAACUACGAAGAGGUCAUCGAGAUUGCCACCCAUGCAGGCAAGAAUGAAGACCUCGUCAAGUACUUGCGAAUGGCUCGCAAAACCCUGAGGGAACCCGCGAUCGAUACCGCCCUCGCCUUCUGCUUCGCUCGCCUUGACCAACUUCCUGAGCUUGAGGACUUCCUGCGUGCGACCAACGUUGCUAACGUCGAGGAGUCUGGUGACAAGGCGUACGAGGAAGGCUUCUAUGAGGCUUCCAAGAUCUUCUUCACGAGCAUUUCGAACUGGGCUAAACUUGCUACCACUCUUGUGCAAUUGGGCGACCACCAGGCUGCGGUUGACUGCGCACGCAAAGCCAACAACAUCAAGGUUUGGAAGCAGGUCCACGAGGCUUGCUUAGAAAAGAAGGAGUUCCGCCUGGCGCAGAUCUGCGGUCUCAACCUCAUCGUGGACGCUGAGCAAUUGCAAGAACUCGUCAAGCAGUAUGAGCGCAAUGGCUACUUUGACGAGCUGAUUAGCUUGUUGGAGCAGGGCCUUGGUCUCGUAAGCGGCUGCGUCAAUCCGUCACUGGAGCUCAUAUUCCCCUCUGAUGAAGCCAUGACCUCCCUCCUCUCCUUGAUCACCUUCGCGCCUGGCAUUCGAGAGGCUCUUCAGGCAGUGAACCCUCCCGGAACAGCUGCAUUUAGGGCUCUUCCGACAGUGUCCGGAAGUGAUGAGAAGAUCUAG